AGCUAUCGCUCUGUCUGGCUUGUUAGCCAAUGUCGGCAGCUAGCUAGCAAAUUGUUUUCCUAGCUCGCUUUCCUUGGCCGUAAGGUCCGGUUGACAACGACGGGUUGAUUUAACUAACAUGUUAGUUACCUAGUAGUAGUAAAUGGACAACCCGCAACUAGUUAACUCCAGAAUUUACUGCGGGUUUCGAACUGUGCUAAUGUGCGAAUUAAAAAAUGAAUAAAAGUCGUCUUUGGAGCGUUUUGUUGAUUGACGAUUACGCGCAACCCAGACCGAAAGAGGGAGAGCGGGGAGGAAAUACCAAUUGCUGCCGAUGACACACGAACGACAGUAGAGGACUGCUCUUACAACCGCUGCUUCCCGUUUUUACCAACGCCCCAAACCAAGCGGUUCAUGAGAAGGAAGAGACUAUAGAAUAGACCGAUUACGAUUACAGCAAGGCGUGUAGGGAGGCAAGGAGUCUGCCAGACAAGAGGAAGGCUUCUAGGGCAAACCUCCAUUUAUCACAGAUACCCUCACGUCCACACUAUCCCACGUCAGGCAUGGACCCCCCAAGGACUCGGUCGCGGUCGCGGUCAGGUUUCUUUCAUUAUGGCAUGAACGGGGGUGGCAGCGGCAAUAACGCGAACAACAACGUGAACAUGAUGAAUGCUAGCGGGGGGAUCGGGGUCAGCUACCCAGCACAGAACAACCCCGGCUGGGUUUCGCAUGGAGCGCGCGGCAGCUACGCGGAGAACCAGCACGCCCCGGGGAACUACCUGUCCAGCGGAUCUCAACGCCACGCUUCACACGGAGCUCACAGACACCCCGGCACUGGAGGUGUCCUCCACUUCCACCCUGAUAAUGUCUGCACUGAUGACAGGGAUAAGAUGGAGGACAGCCCUAGCCCCAAGCGCCAGCGUCUUUCCCAGCAGUCGAUGUUAGACCUAAGCUCCGCCCCUCCCCCCACCCCAGCCUCUCCCAUUCGUCCCUGGGAGAUGUCCCACACUCCCACUAACUGGGCCACACCGCCACUCAGUCGCAGGCCACACCCCCACUUCCUGCCGGAGCGAUGCCACACUCCUGUUCGCAACCGGCGCAGUCCUCCAAUGAGACGCCAGCGAGGCCGCCGGGAACGUCUCACCCGCCACCCCCAUCACCACUACCACCACCACCACCACAACCCUCACCAUCACCAUCCUCACCCCCACCAUGGCCUCUCAGCCGGGCCUCAGGACGAGAACUACCGCCACGCCGCCCCGCCCCAGGGCUACCCCUAUAACCAGCAACCCCCCCGGGGGCCGGAGGAGCGUCCCUACCACCCCCCGAACCUGUCCCCCCGGCCCCUCCACCACCCUCCCAACCUCUCUCCCAGGCUGAUGCACCCCCACCCCCCUCAGCAGCCGAGUGGUGUGGUGCUGGACCUCCAUGACCAGGGUUCGGCUCAGGUGUCGUACUCCGUCUCUCCCCCGGGUGGCGCCCCCGGGCUGCCCCCCCGCUCCGCCCCCCAGCAGCUGCCAACGUGCUCUGUGGUCUUCAGUGGGCAGCACUACCCAGUCUGCAGUGUCCCCCCACAGGUUCUACAGACAUGCUCUGUUCAACACCUCCCCAUGCCCUACCCCUUCCCGUCCCUGUUGUCCAGUGACCCCACCUUUCUCCUGACCCCCCCUCACCUCUCCCAUCCCCCCCCUCACCUCUCCCACCACCCCCCUCACCUCGCCCAGCCUGGGCAGUUUGGACCCUACCCGACACAACAGGCCAGAUCGCCUUUACAGAGGAUAGAGAAUGACGUGGAGCUGUUGGGGGAGCACCUGUCAUUAGGGGCGGGGCUUCAUUACCCCCCGGCCACCCAUCCCGGCCUGCCUCCCCACUCCACACAGCUCCACUUCCUCUCCCAUGAUCCUUUGCCGCAGGAGUUCUUUGGAGUGUCGUAUCCAAACUUCAUGCCACGGCGUAUCCCAGGGCGACGCUAUCGAUCCCAGCAACCACUGCCACCGUCGCCUUAUCAUCCCAGCUUCCUGCCUUACUUCCUCUCAAUGCUGCCGGUGCAGCCCACUGGCCCGGCCAUCAGCCUGGAGCUGGACGUAGAUGACGGGGAGGUGGAGAACUAUGAGGCCCUCCUUAAUCUGGCCGAGCGCUUGGGAGAAGCCAAACUCAGAGGACUCACCAAGGGGGACAUAGAGCAGCUGCCUUCCUAUAGGUUCAAUCCCAACAACCACCAAUCAGAACAGACUCUGUGUGUCGUUUGUAUGAGCGACUUUGAGUCUCGCCAGCUGCUACGUGUUCUCCCCUGCAGUCAUGAGUUCCACGGGAAGUGUGUUGAUAAGUGGCUCAGGGCUAACAGGACAUGUCCCAUCUGCAGGGCUGACGCCUCUGAGAUCCAGAGAGACUCAGAGUGACCAUCAGGGGGACCAACCAAUCACACUGUCUAACAGUUAUAGCACUGCCCCCUCCCCACGCUUCUGUCCCAAUACUGUCCCUCUCUUCCUAUCUGUCCCAAUACUGUCCCUCUCUUCCUAUCUGUCCCAAUACUGUCCCUCUUUUCCUAUCUGUCCCAAUACUGUCCCUCUCUUCCUAUCUGUCCCAAUACUGUCCCUCUCUUCCUAUCUGUCCCAGUACUGUCCCUCUCUUCCUAUCUGUCCCAGUACUGUCCCUCUCUUCCUAUCUGUCCCAGUACUGUCCCUCUCUUCCUAUCUGUCCCAGUACUGUCCCUCUCUUCCUAUCUGUCCCAGUACUGUCCCUCUCUUCCUAUCUGUCUAUCACCUUUUUAUCUCUCUUAAAAUGUCAGUCUUUGUCCUUCUUUGCCCUCCAUCUCCCCUUCUCUCUCCUUAAUCAGUCUUGUCCUUCUGUCUUAUUUAUUCACACUCGUCAUUCCCUGUGCCCCCCCCCAGGGACUUUGCUUCCCUGAACCCCAUUCAGCUGGUGUGUGUGCACCGAAGAAACUCCGUCUGUAUGAUUCCUGGCCUUGGUAUGUGCCAGUGGUGUGUGUGUGUGUGUGUGUGUGUGUGUGUGUGUGUGAAUAAGAGACUGUAUUUUAGUGUGUGUGUGCGUGCGUGCGUGUGUGUGUGGUAUAUAUUUGCAUAUUAGACUUGGGUAUCCACAAGGUCAUCUCCAUGUAGUUGUGACACUUAAGGGGUCCAUGCCACUCCGCUGCCUCUGUCGUCUCCUGUUUAGUUUCUCUCUCUGCUUGGCAGUUUACCUCAUUCCUAUUCUUCAUUGUUACCACGACGACGCGCUUCACUGUAUUCCUGUGGAGUUUCUCAUUCUAUUCUUGUUUUGUUUUUGUUCCUUAUUAAAGAUCAGUUUGUGAAUUUGCAGUGGCACGUCUUAUAUAUUAUAUACUGUAUAAAUAUAUGAAUAUCUGUAUACCAAAUAAAAGGCUUGAUAUGAAUUUUUUAAAAAUCACAGUUUGUACAGCUUUUUUUUUUUUUUAUGAAUUAUGAGCCGUGGUGCAGUUGGGUUUGAUUGUGCUGGUUUGAUUUGUCUGUGCUGGAUAUGUUAGGCCUGAGGUGGUGGUUCAAUAAUAAACAUACACACACUGAU